AUGGCUGCGCCAUGGGCGACAUGGGCGAUAUGGGCCCUGGGCGUUUUUCUGUGCGUGGAAGGUCAGCCCAAGACGUUGCCUUUUCAGGUGAGAGGGAUGGUGCACGAAGAGUACGAUCUUUUCAAUCAGGGCUCGGCGGUGAGAUACUUUGAGGACUGGCUUGGGGGGUGGAAGACCGGGCUUGACUUGUUCUACGCCGAGAGCGCUUCCGGCGGCGAAAAGAAGCCCUCGCUGAACGAGACGCAGAUGGAGGAGGUGCAGCUGCUGCGACGCACGGUCGAAAUGGGCGGACACCAGGCCUAUGCGCAUCCAGUGUUGGCCCUGGCCGGAGCGCAGGCACCCGACUUCAGGGCGGGUUACGAGGCGAAGCCUCCCUUUUUCGAAGUACCCCUCCUGGUAUACCUCGUGGUGUUCCGGAGGGUUCCGGUGAAGAUACCUGCUGAGGCUCCGGAGGGUUCUGUGCGCUUCCGGAGGGUUCCGGUGCAGAUACCUUGUGAGGUUCCGGAAGGUUCUGGUGCAGUCCUCUACAUGUUCGCCUGGUUCCGCAGCAGCGGCGAGAUCUUGCGCGAAAACAUCGUGUCUUCCGCGGAGCUCUUCGAGCAGAGCAUCCAGGUGAGCGACUGCCAACCGGAGAACGAGUGCCGCGGCGUAGACGGGGAUGGGGCCUCCCAAGGUGUGGCUGCUGAUGUGUGGAAGAGCCCUGCGCAUAUCAAUUUCAAUAGCAUCAUCUUCGCCGGCAAGCCCUCCUUCCCCGUGUGGGACACCAACGCCUUGCCACUGGGACGCUGGUUGGAGCAGAUGCACCCCAUCUUCAAAGCCGAGUUGGAGGCGAUCCUCAAUGCACCUGGUGACCUGUUCGGCCAACUGAUGCAACUGGACCCCUCGCGGGAACACCUGGCAACGCCUGGAGGAUGGGACACCUUGAGGAUCGUGCGAUAUCACCACUGGUACGAGAUCUUCUGCCAGCUGGCGCCGCAAACCUGUGAACUCAUCAAGACGCGGCCGGAGAUCAAUGAGUGCAAGUUCAUGAAUGUGAACUAUGUGCGCCUGAACCCCGGCACUCACCUGAAACCGCACUUCGGCAACGGGCCUCGCUUGUCGGCGCACCUGUCGGUGAAAGCCCCAGAGCCCAUGAGGGCUGGACUUACAGUGGCCGAUCAGAAACGGCUGUGGGUGGAGGGCGAGGCGAUCUUGUUCGAUGACACCUAUCCCCACAUGGUGAGUCAUUGGGGCGAGCAACCGCGCUAUGUGAUCCUGGUCUGGUUCUGCCACCCUUGUGAUGGCGGGAAUGCGCACAACCAGACCUGUCCGGACAGCUAG